GGUGGUGGAGUGGGUGAUCGAUAGCGGGGUGGGCGCGUGUCAGGGUGGCGGCGGGCGGGGGUCAGGCCGCCCACUUAGGCUGCUCCCUUCCAUCUAACACAAAUAAAAGAUCGACCCAACACCCGCUCAGACUCUACCACCGUCGCCGCCGCCGCCAUUCAUAGGGUGAGGGCAGCGCGGCGAUGGAGCAGCAGCAGCAGCAGCAGCAGCAGCAGCGGGGCGCGCGGCAGCCUCCCGCCCCCGCCAGGUGGUCCGGCACUCAGUUGGUCAGACCGCCGCUCCACCCCGACCCUAGUCACGCGGCUGCCUCCGACGGGAGUGCACGUCAUCCCCGGCGCUCCUGCCUCGCUGCCGCCGGCCCACAGCCUCCCUCGUGCCGGUGUGUGGCGCGAACCUGCUGCCUCACCUGCUGCCUUGCCGGCCAGACUUAGCAGUGCGGGAAGAGUGAAUGCUGAGUGAUCUCUCAGGCAGACAGGCUCUCACGCCCUCCCUCUUUAUCUUUUUUUCUGCCUCGCGCCCAAGUGUAUCACUGUUCACAUCCCGGGGCGUGUUUGUGCGUGUGUGUGCCCCGCUUCUUUCCCCUUGACCCGCGCCCCGCCCGCCGGGUGGCCACUCGGUGCCCACAGCGGUGCCAGGCUGGUGCCACCGAGGCCUCGCGCCGCAGCCACUGGAGCAGUGAGCGUCGCCGCCAGGAGAGGAGAGGCUGGUGUUCCUCUCUCAGGAUGUCUCCGCCCCUGGUGAGGCGCCGGGAGCAGCAGUAGCCGGGGUGCCCGCGGGGAUGGUGCUGGAAGUCGCGGCCACUGGGGAGGAGGAGGUGGCGACAGUGUAGUGCCAGUGUGUGCGUGUGCUUGCGUGUUACCCAUGUGUACCCGUGUGCGUGAGGGCGUGGUGCGCUGACAUGCUGCCCUCCAAGAGUUGUGGCGCAGGGACGGCGCUGUGGCUCCCUCCGCGGGUGUCCAGGAGCCACGUGGAGGGCGCCUCGGGGUGUCUGACGGCGUGUCACUGCUCACCCAGACGGAGGAAUAAGUCUGUGUCCUCCACGUCGUUCUCCUCGUCCUCGUCUUCCUCCUCCUCCUCGUACAGGGAGGAGGAUGGCGGGGAGGGGGAGGAGCCGCCCCCCACGUGGGUGUAUCUGACAGUGUGGCUCGCCGGGGUGCUGGUGUACGUGAACGGCCUGACGGGGGACUUCGUGCAUGACGACGUGAGUGCCAUUAAGACCAACCCGGACGUGCUGGGGACCAACCCGGUGUCGCACGUGUUCUUCAACGACUACUGGGGCAAGCCCAUGUCAGAUCCGCUCUCGCACAAGUCCUACCGCCCCCUCACCAUCCUCUCCUUCAGGUUCAGCCACGCGGUGUUUGGCAUGCGUCCAUUCGGCUUCCACCUGGUCAACGUGCUGCUCCACUCCUCCGCUUGCCUUCUGCUGACCCGCCUUCUGCUGCGCCUCCUUCAAUUACCCCAAGGCACCGUCCUCUCUGCCGGCCUCAUCUUCGCCACUCACCCCAUUCACACUGAGGCAGUGACGGGUCUGGUGGGCCGCGCUGACCUGCUGGCCUGCCUCAGCUUCCUGGCGGCCAUCCUCUCCUACCACAGGGCGAUACAGGGCGACAGGGACGACCACAACGACGUCGAAGGGAGUGACGACGAACCAGAAACAACAGGAGUAGGAGGAGGAGGAGGAGGAAGCGACACCACCACUACAGGAGGGGAUGGAAGAAAAAUACACACACUUUCUGAAGGAAGCACAUACUGCAGCGGAUCGCCCUGGGAAACCUUGAGGCGGGAAGGUUCUCUGGGAGGCGCUGAGGAGUCCGUGGGCGUGGAAGGUGACGGAGCAAUGAGUGGUGUGGGCGGAGGUGGAUGGGUGUGGGUGCGGCGUGCGGGUCUCCUGGCGGCCUUGGGGACCUUAUGCAAGGAACACGCCAUCACGUCCCUGGCUGUGUGCGCUGCCUGGGAUGUCAUACGCCACAGAAAACACGUCAGGAGAUUGUUGUGUCGAGCUCACCUGACGAAGGGGUUGACAUCACUUCUUCGUCGCCUCUGCUGGCUGGCUGGAAUGGGCGUGGCCAUCUUGGUAUUCCGGCUGUGGAUGCUGCGUGGGUCCUCUCCUGCCUUCAGUGACCAGGACAACCCCGCCUCCUUCUGCCCCUCACUGCUGACUAGGGUGCUCACGUUCUGGUACCUGCCGGCCUUCAACGCGUGGCUGCUGCUGUGUCCCCUCGCCCUGGCUCACGAUUGGCAGAUGGGCUCCGUGCCACUCAUCACCUCCCCAGAUGACCCCAGGAACUUGGCCUCGCUCCUCUUCUACGCCGCCCUCCUGCUCCUCCUCCGGGCUGGCUGUGUUCUGAAGGGACGCGAGGGGAAGGCUGUACUGCUCGGCGUGUCCCUUCUAGUCCUCCCCUUCCUCCCCGCCACAAAUCUCUUCUUCACCGUGGGCUUUGUGGUGGCUGAGAGAAUCCUGUACAUCCCCAGUCUCGGCUACGCUCUGCUGGUGGCCGUGGGGCUGUCAAGAGCAGGCAGGUUAAGGGCGCCCUGCCUCCUCCUCCUGCUGGCGGUGUUCUCCUGUAGGACCCUUCAACGUAACAGGGAUUGGGAGUCACGAGAGACGCUCUUCCUGGCGGGGCUGAGGACGCUGCCACACAACGCCAAGAUGCACUAUAACUUUGCAAACCUGCAGAAGGAUUUGGGCAACACACACCUGGCGAUGGAACAUUACCAGGAGGCCAUCAGGUUGUGGCCCACUCACUCGUCAGCGCACAAUAACCUCGGUACACUUCUGUCUGAUGCUGCCGAGGCUGAGAAACACUUCCGUCUGGCGCUGCGAGCUCACCCACGCCACGCCCACGCCUACUAUAACCUUGCCAAUCUCAGGAAGAAGGAGGGCAAGGUGGGGGAGGCCGUGGCGCUGCUGGAGGAGAGUCUACGCCAUGACGCCACGAACAGGGACGCGGUGUCGGCGCUGGCGGGGCUGUACGGGGACGCGGGGAGGCCAGUGGACGCAGAGCACCUCCACCUGGCCCUGCUGGAGGCGCGCCCCACGGACCCCGUCGUGCACAACAACUACGCCGCCUUCCUGCAGAAAAUCGGUCGGAGAGAGGCGGCACUGAUGCACUAUGAGGCGGCCCUUGGCUUGGACCCUCAACACACGGUGGCUCUGGUCAACACGGCUGGGUUAAUGAUCUCCCUAAGUCAUAAUGCACAGGCCGAGCGUCUCUAUAAAAGAGCCUUGGCGGUGACCUGGGAGGCGGAGGUCGGGGAAAGCCUGGGUAAGCUGUACCUCAACACGGGGCGUCUAGAUGAGGCUGAGUCACUGUUUUACUCAGUACUCAGACACCAACCCCAGCGCCGCUCCUCCAGGGUGUAUCUGGCGCGUGUUAAGCUGCAGCAGAGGAGUUACCAAGAGAGCGAGGAACUACUGCGGCAGGUGCUGUGGGACGAACCGGGCAACCAGGAGGCUCUUUUCCAGCUCUCUCUCCUCUUCACGCACACCAACAGGACCCACGACGCGCUCACCCUUGCCCAGAGAGCCGCCCAGGACUGCUCGCGGCCGCCCACCUCUCUGCGCCCGCCUCCACGCCCACCACGGGGACUUGCUAAACGACCAGCAGCAAGUGUGGACGAGGCUUGCUGA